UUGUUUACGUUAAAAGUUUUAAUACUUUGAUUGAUCAUAUUCGAACAUAAGAUAGUUAUAUAUUGUGGGAUUCGUUUAGAGGUGAAUUAUUAAACCAAAAAUCCUUAGAAUUAUUGAUAUCGUUGUAAAAUAUCCAAAGUAUGACACUCCCUGAUAAGAGAGAAGGAGACCUUCCGGUUGUGUCAUAUAUCUCAAAUGAAUUUACAGAUGAGCUUCCAAGAGAAUCACCUCCUAAAAGACAUAUAAUGGAUUUGCUCUCAUUAAGAGGUAAAGUAGCAGUGAUUACUGGUGCUGCAAGAGGAAUUGGUUUUGCUAUUGCUGAAACAUUCGCUGAAGCAGGUGCUACUGUCAUUCUUGUGGAUUAUGUUGAUUGUUCAAAGCAAGCUUUAAUGUUAGGAGUUAAGCUUAAUGUGGCAACUAAGUCAUUCCAAUGCAAUGUUUCUAAUUUGAAAGAAGUCGAACAAACAAUUCUGGAUGUAGAACAGGAAUUUGGCACCAUCGAUAUUCUUGUUGCUAAUGCUGGCAUUGUUUGGAAGACUGGAAAUAUUAUUGAUGAAGUUAACAGGGAUGGAAAGACUUGGCAAAGUCUUAUGGAUGUCAAUUUGAACGGUGUUUACUAUUGUGCCCAAGCUGUUGGCAGAAUCUUUAAGAAAAAUGGUAAAGGUUCUUUUAUCGUAACUUCUUCGAUGUCAGCCUCGAUUGCAAAUGUGCCAAUGAACUUGACUCCUUAUAAUGUUAGUAAGGCGGCUGUCAAGCAUCUUGCGAAAUCUUUAGCAAUCGAAUGGGCGGGCUUCGCUAGGGCAAAUUCUGUUUCUCCAGGUUAUUGUGACACUGGUCUUAAUGAUCAUUUACCAAGGGAGUCCCGUGGUAAGAUGUGGUCUCUUGUGCCAGCAGGUAGAGAAGCUUUACCCUACGAAAUUGCCGGUGCCUAUUUAUAUUUGGCUUCAGAUGCUGCUUCUUAUGUUACUGGCACUGACAUUGCCGUAGACGGUGGUUACACUUCUAUAUAGUUCUAGUAUAGUCGUAAUAAACAAGCUCUAGAGAUUGAAUGUCUAACAGAAGUAUAAUUUGUUUCUGCCCAGAAUGAAAUUAUGUACAAAGUGCCCCAGAUAAUUUACCUAAAAAUUAAGCUUUUUCUCCACCAAAAAAAUAAACGGUGGAAAAAGUGGAAAAAUUCGGGGGAAUUUUGC